AUGGAUUGCUACUUCAGAUCCCGUAAAAGGCGGAGAUCUUAUACAGGUCGCCGAGCGCACGGACGUAGAAGAGUACCACGAGCUGCCACCGCCAGGAUGGAGCGAAUUUGGGAGAACGGUGUCAUUCCUUACGAAGUUUCGGCUAACUUUAGCGGCGAGCACUACGCUUUGUUUCGACGGGCGAUGAACCACUGGGAAAAUUAUACAUGCUUGUCGUUUGUUCCUCGAAAACCAGAAGACACCAAUUACAUUGUGUUUACUAUAGCGGAUUGCGGCUGCUGCUCAUUUGUUGGAAAACGUGGAGAAGGGCCUCAGGCUAUAUCGAUUGGCAAAAAUUGUGAUAAAUUUGGUAUUGUGGUCCAUGAACUGGGACACGUCGUUGGUUUCUGGCAUGAACACACACGCCCAGACCGCGACCAGUUCGUUGAUAUCUAUUACAAGAAUAUUCAACAAGGACAAGAUUAUAACUUCGAGAAGCUUAAAUCGAGCGAGGUGAACUCUCUGGCGCAGCCAUAUGAUUUUGCCAGUAUCAUGCAUUAUGCUCGUGACACCUUUGCCAGAGCGAUGUAUCUGGAUACGAUUUUGCCGAAGCCAGAUCCGAUUUCUCGAGAAAGACCCGAAAUUGGACAGCGAAUCCGCCUUAGUCCCGGGGACAUCAUCCAAACUAAUUCUCUUUACAAAUGUGCAAAAUGUGGGCAGACGUUUCUCUCGCAAAAAGGCACACUGUCUUCGCCAGACUUUGACGUCAAACCUAGAAAUGGAGAUUACUAUGUUUGCCAAUGGCGAAUUAAUGCCCCUCAGGGUCAUCAUAUCCAGCUUAAUAUAACGUUUCUUGUCUUGCCAGAAAGCCCAGGAUGCACUGGCGAAGAUCGACUAGAAAUCAGAGAUGGGCAUUCCGUGAAAUCACCCCUGGUGGGGCGUCAUUGUGGCCGACUAGCGGAGCCUCUGCUCAUAGCCUCUGUGAGUAAUCGUCUUUGGAUCGAAUAUCGAGGAAUGAGCGAUGAUUGGCCAAAAAAGAAUGGUUUCAAAGAUAAGAAAAAACGCAGGGGCUAUUCGGCCUCUUACGAAAUGAUAUGUGGUGGAAAAAUAUCGGCCGAUAGUGGCGUGAUCGAGAACCCGAACUAUCCUUAUGAAUAUUCGCCAGAGAGCGACUGUCUCUGGUUGCUGACAGUUCCUGAAGAAUAUCAGGUGGCCGUAAUUUUCACAACUUUUCAAUUAGAACAACAUGAAGACUGCAUAUAUGAUUAUUUGGAGUUUCGUGAUGGCCACGAUGAAGAUUCGAAGUUGAUCGGUAGGUUUUGUGGUUAUUCUCUCCCAAACAACAUCAAAUCUACCGAGAAUAAGAUGCGCGUGCGUUUCGUCAGCGAUGCGUCAGUGGAAAAACCAGGCUUUUCGUUUAAGUUCAUUAAAGAAUUCGACGAGUGCAAGACCUCCAAUCAUGGCUGUCAGCAUAAAUGCGUGAAUACGCUUGGAGGAUAUCGUUGCGAAUGUGACAUUGGCUACGAACUACAUAUGGAUGGCAGAAGCUGCGAAGAUGCCUGUGGUGGUUACCUGAAGGGCGAAAAUGGUAGCUUGAUGAGUCCGAACUUUCCGAAUCUCUAUCCGAAUAAAAAGCGUUGCGUUUGGGAAAUAAAGGCGCAUUCGCAGUAUCGCAUUUUCCUCAAUUUUACCCACUUCGAUCUAGAGGGAGUCUUGACAAACUGUGAGUACGAUUACGUGAAGGUGACCAGCGUGAGGCUGGAUGGUACCCCAGUUAAGGUUCAUGGACAGUUCUGCGGCAGAAUUGCACCGCAGUUUCUGCUGACGUCUGAAACAAGUCAUCUCCGGAUCGAGUUUACAACUGACAGCUCCGUCCAGAAAAGUGGAUUUGCUGCAAUCUACUUUACAGACAGAGACGAAUGCGAAGUGAACAACGGUGGAUGUGAACAGAUUUGUAAAAACAUGAUCGGAUCUUACGUGUGCGAAUGUGAGAGCGGCUUUGUUUUGGCAACUGAUGGCCAUCACUGCAAGGAAGGAGGCGGUUGCAAGUUUGAAUUGAAUGCAGCUUCAGGACAGCUUACUAGCCCGUCUUUUCCGGAUGACUAUCCAAACGACAAGGAGUGUACAUGGCACUUUGUUACAACUCCUGGUCAUCGUCUGCAGCUAGUAUUUACGGAGUUCGAAAUCGAACCACAUCAGGACUGCGCGUAUGACCGCGUCGAACUUUACGACGGGCCAUCGGCAGAAGCACCAAGUUUGGGUCGAUAUUGUGGUCCAAAGCCUCCUGAGAAAAUGCUGUCAAGCAGAAACGAAUUAUCGAUGGUAUUCCACUCUGACAGCAGUGUCCAACGCAAAGUUUGUGGUGGUGUUCUUCGUGCUGACCGGACGGUGGGUUACGUUUAUUCGCACGCGAUGUAUGGAGGAUCGAAUUACGAAAACAGGCUCGCUUGCGAAUGGGCCAUCAUCGCAACGGACGACAUGUCGGUAGAAAUUCAGUUCACAAACUUCGAACUCGAAGAAGAGGUACACUGCGAAUACGACUAUGUUGAAGUGUAUGAUGGGGAUAUUGACGCUGCUCCACGCUUGGGUAGAUUUUGUGGAAAUAAGGUACCUCAUCCAUACAUUUCGUCUGGCAACACUUUGCGAGUUCGCUUCCGCGCUGACGAUACUGUCACUGCGAAAGGAUUUGUAUUUGAAUACUUUUUAACAGAUCCAGUAGAAGGUGAUAUUUACACGGAACCCCCUGGUCCGUACACCCGACCUCCUUUGGAACCGGUCAUUAACGAGAAAGCGAACAAAAUUAUGUCUGGUACUCAAUCCAACUAG